CCAUUUAGCCUGCCAGAUAAUUAGGAAUGAAAAGAAGGCAAAAAUAUAUUCGAAUUGCCGCGCGGCGAUCGGUAUUACUCCGCCAGCGUUCGGUGGAUCUCGAUGGUGGCGCCGUCGGCGACGCGUCCAGGGUGCGAGUUGGAUCAGAUGUUUCGCCGCAGGUCUGCCCUGAGCGUUUUCGAUGUUUGCGUGAUUGAGGCCGCGGCAAAGGCGGCACCGAGCGAAGGCCCGCGACUCAGAGGUUGGCUUCGUAUUCGGGGCCAUCCGUUGUCGCAGUAUGGUAAUGCCCCCUGCUUCGACCGGCAGCCAAACAGCCCCUCCCCCUGCCCCUUCCGCCUCCUUGGCACUAGCGGCAGCGCGCCAGACUUCGCCGACACCGCCCACCCCCAGUGGCGGCAGCCCCGCUGUACUAGCAGCAGGGCACGCGACGUCAACAUCAACAACAGUAGUAGCGCUAGCGGGCGCAGCAGUAGCAGCGGCAGCGAUAUCAGCGUCGUCCAUAGAAUCGCACACAGGCCUAGCAACGACGACAGGAACAGCAGUAAGCACUGCAAGCCUGCAGAACAACAAUAACAGCAGCGCUGCGAGUCAUAACCAUCAUCAGCACAACCAUUAUCCGUUGCAACAGCAGCAGCUUCCUCAACACCAUCCCCAACAGCAACAACACGGUCAACAAAAUCAACAGCAGCAGCAGCAGUGCAACCAGCAUCCACAUCACGUUUACAACAACAUAAGCAGCAACAGCACUACUGUUUUUGCCUCGAACAGUGUGGGUUCUACCGAAGGUAUCGGAGUGGCCAAUGCGGUGGCGACCAGCCACAGCAGCAGCAGCAGCAGUAACAACAACAACAACGGUCCUGUGGGUGGUGUUGUCGCUGCCGGAACAACUGCAACUGCUGCUUCUGGAACGGUGUUAACAGUUGGAGGAGGGGCAGCAGCGGCAGCAAGCACAGUCACCGCGACAAUAACGUCGUCCUCAUCGUCUCAAUCAGUCGGAGGAGGGGCGGGAGCAGCAGCGAAUACGAACUCCGGAACAACGACGACAACGACAGCAGCAACGCCCGGCACGCCAGUGGGCCCUGGCGCCGCGGCUCCCUCCGGGCUAUUGACGCCCGGAGGUGCUGGUGGAGGUGGUGGGGCUGGGACGGGAGGAGCUGCAGGCGCCCGAAAGAAAACCUCGUUCCAAAUCACCUCGGUUAAAGUGCACGAUGGUGGAACACACGAAGCUCAGCAGCCUGGCGCUACUGCUGGUGCUGCUGUUUCUGCGACGGCAACACAACAGAUUCAGCGCGAUGAGCCUGAUGCGGCUGUCGCUGCUAAUGCCAAUGCGGCGACGUCAGGAGGUCAACAACAACAGCAACAAGGCCAACAGCAAUUGCAACCGUCGGAUAGUAAUAGCAACAAUGGAAAUAACAACAGCAGCAGCAACAACAACAGCAGUAACAACAACAGCAGCAACAACAACAACGCUCAUAGUGGUAGUGUAAGUCAUGCAGGUGGCGGCGGUAACAGCAACAACAAUGCAGCAGCUGCUGCUGCUGCUAUUGCUGCUUCUGCCAGUGGAAGUCACGGAGGAGAGCACGCCCCCCCUGGCCAGCCCAAUGGAGACGCCGCAGCCCAUGACAAGUCGGGUGUAGGUGGAGGCCCCGUAAAGAAGCACUCUAUCACGGACCCUCAGGCGGUAGCCGAACAAUGGAGUCGCCGAUUCAAAGUUGUCAAAAUACCGUUUGCCGAACCGUUCAAGAGGGGUCGGUGGACGUGUCAAGACUUCUUCGAUCCCCCCGAAGGACAGCAUGCUUCAAAGACAGAAAGCGACAAAUCAACUAUUCUCGCUGGGCAGCAACAACCGGCGACGAAUACGAGUCCUGGCGAGGGAGAUAUUCCUCCAAGCGAAAUGUCGCAAGGUGGGGGGGCCCCCGUUAUCGGGGGCCUGAUUACCGACCACAACACUGUACAGCAGACAAAAGAGGGUACGCCAGGCGCAGCUGGCGUUACACCCGAUGAGACCCAAUCACAACAACAGCUACAGCAGCCUAGUCACACAGGAGUAACGAUAGCAGGUGGAGGUGCAGCUGGCGCAACAAAGCCGUCUUCGGCAGCAGCGGUGGGUGCCGGAGGCGGCGGUGGCGGAGGCGGUACAGGUGCAGGUGGCGCAGCUGGUGGGACUGCACCGCAGACAGCAAGUGCUGCCCAAGGAGUCGGACAGACAACAGCUAAUGCUUCGAAUAUUGCUGGAGGAGAUGGCACAACAGCGACGGACGGUAAUUACGCGGCAGGUGGCGCUGGAGGAAUCGAUAACAAAAUCGAACAAGCAAUGGAUUUGGUCAAAAGUCAUCUUAUGUUCGCUGUCAGAGAAGAGGUGGACGUCUUGCGGGAAAAGAUCACCGAACUGAACGAACGUAAUGAACAACUAACGCAAGAGAUUCAGCUGCUAAGGUCUCUAUUAACGCCCGAGCAGGCAACGACGUUUGCGCAGCUUUUGCAGCAGCAACCGCAUGGGAAAGCAGGUGCAGGAGGCGUGGGUGGUGGAUCAGGACGACCAGGCCACGCGCCGCCGACAUCGCUACCAGCCGCGACUGGUAGUGGAGUCCCGCGUACAGCUCCAUCGUUAGCGGCGUUCGGUGUUCCCGCCGGAACAGCUAGUCGACCAACGGCGGCCUCCGCCGCCGCUGCUUCCACUGGUGCCCUGCCCGGGACGCCGGGCACGCCCCAGCAGAGUGCGGCGGCGAUCGGAAAGGCAUCGCAUCCCGCCAUCGUUGCAGCAGCUACGGCCGCUGCAGUUGCUGCAUCCCCAUCGAGUCCGGGCACCGCGCCGGUUUCAAGUUUACCUACUAGUUUACCCAGUGGAGUGAGCGGCAAUCUGCCUCCGACGACGACCUCAUCCGCGACGCAUAAUAGCCAACAGCAGCAACAAUCAGCGACAACGACAACAACAAUAACUCAGACGUCUGCAACGACAAUAGCCACGAGUAGCUCUGGUGCGCUAGCCAGUUCUGCGAACGCGAUUGGCGGUAGCAGUAGCGUGUUAACCCACCAGGGUGGGCCACCGUCAAAAGAAAGCACACCUCCCGGGGGUGGGGUGCCACCUCCGUCUACACCAGCGCCGCCCACCAGUAGGCAGUAGCAACUGGCCAAGUUAGGGUAUUCAAUUGCUGCAACACCUGCUGCUGCUACUACUAGUACUGUUGUUGUUGUUGUUGUUGUUGUUGCUUCGGACGCCGCAGGCCGGCUUCGGAAAGACGCUACACGG